GGUGAACAGAAAGUAGGCAGAUUUAAAACUUCAAAAAUCUCUUGUAAUCGUGAUUUAUUCAACGACGGUUAGGCGAUAGUUAAUAUAACUUUGUAGCAGAUUAUAUACUUGAAUACACUCCUUAAGUCAUUAACACCAACAUAGGACCAUUCAGCAUCCUUAUGCAGGAGAAUUACACAGCUGCAGGAGAAUAACACAGCUGCAGAUAGAUUCUACAGUUACAGGAAGAUUUCACAGCUGCCCUUUGAUUCUAGAGCUGCAACAAAUGCCUAUGUUUCUGAAAAGAAUUGCUGCAAAACAGAUAAUUGCAGGAAUUACGAAAAUCUUCAAAGAGACACCUAAAGAGAAUGUUGAACAAAUUGCCGUGCGCUUGCAGUACAAGGCAUUGAAGGGAACUAAAGAUGACAUCAAGAAAUAUGUAAAAGCAGUAAAGGAAGGAAAUGAUGCGGGUGUGCUAAAACCAAAAUGGGGACUAAGAAUGCAGCGUCUCCCAGAUGAUAUCUUACACAGGUUAACCACUGCAGGUCAAACAAAGGAAACGAUUACACAUGAUCUAGUUGAGAGUGAAGACUUUGAAAAUUUUACUCUGGGGAUCGAUGGGAAAAACAGGCCUACGGUAGUCCUAAGGCAAAGAUCGCUUAUAAACCAUACAGUGCAGUGUAUACUUAGGGAGAAAGAGAGAUAUGGGAUCACAUCCCCUGUAUUGGGCUACAGGUUCAAAGACAAUGUCAUGACAAAGCAGAAAUUCCCACAGACUAUUGUUAUAGAUUUUAGCUCACCUAAUAUUGCCAAAGAAUUCCAUGUUGGCCAUCUCAGAUCUACAAUACUUGGGAACGUCCUGUCGAAUCUGCUGUCAACAUUUGGGCACAAUGUAAUCAGGAUUAAUUACCUUGGUGACUGGGGAAUGCAAUUUGGUAUUUUGGGACAUGCUUGGCUAUCACAUGGAUCUGAGGAAAAGUUGGCCAAAGAUCCUUUAGGACAUUUAACAGAGUUAUACGUGGAUAUGAAUAAAACAAUAAGUAAAGAACAGAAAGAAAGCAAAUCAAAGACAUCAGGCUCACAUAGGAAAGCUAUGCAGUUUUAUAAAGACCUUGAAAAUGGUGAAUCAUAUGCCAUUGAGCUUGCAGAGAGGAUCAAGAACAUAAGUCUACCAGAAUAUGAAAAGUUUUAUAAGAUGUUAGGAGUAAAAUUUGAUGUAAUAUCAGGAGAAUCUCAAUACAACGACAAAUGUGAUGAUGUCAUAGUGAGGUUAGCCAAUAAGGGAGUACUCAAGACACACACAUUAAUGAAUAAAGAGACAUUGACCUUUGUAAAAAUAGAUGAUGAUGUCACAAUAAAACAUGAGGAAAAUGCAAGUAAAUCCGAGUCAUCUCAGGAAGACAAAAUACCAGCUAAUUGGGCAGUUCUACAAAAAGCUGAUGGUACACAUUUGUACCUUACAAGAGAAAUUGCAUCAGCUCUUGACCGUUUAGAGACCUACCAACCUGACCAACUGCUGUAUGUGGUGGAGAAUGGUCAACAUGCCCAUUUUAACAGUCUCAUACAAGUCAUGAAGGCAAUGGAACACCCAUUCUUUCUCAAUAAGACUGUAGAUGACAUCCAAGUGAAGUUUGGUCUUGUAGUUGGAAUGAAAAGCAGACUUGGUAAUGUGGUCUUACUGGGUGAACUCAUUGAUUCACUUAAAACAGAAAUGAAGAAACGGAUUAGAAAAUCAAAAACUACCAUGGAGAUUCCAGAACAUGAGGAAGAUGCAACACUAACCAAUCUAGCAACAUCAGGCCUCAUUAUAAAUGAUCUCAUGGGCAAUAGGAGAAAGUUCUUCAAAUGGGACGGCUGGAAGAACAGGCUUGAUAUCGCUGUUAGGUGGCAUUAUUGUCAUGCAAGACUUUGUAGACUUGAAGAGAACACAUUUUGUCCUUUAAAUCUGUCUGCUGAUGUCACAGUGUUGAGAGACGUCUAUUCUGGAUCCCUAGCAUUCCAGCUUGCCAGGUAUGAAGAUGUUCUACAGCAGUCUAUACAACACCUAGAACCCCACACUUUAGUGCAAUAUAUCAUAGCCCUAGUGGAUGAAAUCAGUCAAUACCUUAAUGUACAUAAGAUUAAAGACAUGGACAAGACUCAGGGGGAGGCACAUCUACUAUUGUUGCACUGUUCAAGGAUUGUACUUCACAAUGGAAUGACAUUGCUUGGAAUAAAGCCUUUGGAGAGAUUUUGAUGAACUUGUAGACUGCCAAAAAGUUUUAAGAAUUAUGACAAAUAAAUACA